GAGAAGGCGACUGCUAACAGUCCUGACUGUUCUGGCGGUUGUUGUGCUUUCGACGUGUUCUUCUCCGGUCAACUUUGCCCUUCGGGGACAAGGCAAUGUACGGUCGCUUCGCAAGCGCGACGGGCUUGAGCUGCACACGAAAGCUUCCCACAAGAAUUCUGUGCUGAGCCGGGAAGGAAGAGAUGUGCUCGAAAGCAUUCAGCUGGCUCGUGGAGCUGGGGACUGGAUCAAAGUGAAGUCUUUGUAUGCGUCUUAUGCUGGCACCGGCACCGAAAUUCAGAUUUUCAACGCGGUCUUGCAUACAGCCGUAGAGUGUGUGCAAUACAAGGAAGGCGCCGAUAUCUUUGAUAGCUUAUACAAGUUAGAUAUCACGAAGACAUCGGCCACCUAUUCAGCAGCUCUCAAGAUUUUUGCAAAGUUGGGGCACAAUGCGACGGUCAAAGAGCUUUGGGAAGAAGCUCGAAACAAUCCGGCAUGUGACAUGAAUGAGCCUUUGACAGCUGCGCGCAUAGAUGCUGCUGCCGAAGAAGGGGAUGUUGAAUCAGCUCUUUUGGUGUUGAGUAACAUGACCCAGACAAACGUCAGCAUCAAUAUCGCUCACGUCACGAAUGCCAUCCGUGCCUGCUGGGCCGCCGGAGGUGUCAAGUACAGGACAGCUGAACACCUGUUUAACUUGACCGCCACACUAGGACUGGAACCCAACAUCGUGACCUUUUCUUGCCUGGUAGGGGCUUACGGUGUUGCACCGCUGGAGAAAGCCCUAGCUGCAUAUGCAGACAUGCGAAGCAUGGGGAUUGAGCCCAAUCCACCAUUCGCAGACGCUUACCUGGGUGCCAUUCUACAGAAGCCUCGGGCACACAGCUGGCAGCCAGCGGAGAUCAUGGAUGCGCUUCAGCUACUCCAGGAGGAAGCCCCAAACCGCAUUGAAGCCGCCAAGCUUGCCUUGAGUGAGUUCAAAGGCCUCGGUCUCGAGCUCACCGACUUAGCACGGCGUAUAGAACAUUUCGAGUCGCAGCUCUUGCCUGGCCUGCGCGCUGCAGAUCCGCAGCCGCUGGUUGUGCCUUACUGCACCGUGGGCUACCGCUCUGGCGUCUACGCAAAGGAGCUCAUGGACAAGCACGGGCUGCAGAACGUGCGCAAUGGCGAGGGUGUGAUCAUGUGGACCUUCGACGGAAGUGGACUGGUUCGCCCAGCGAGCGGCGCCGUCGGGACGGUCGACAGCGCUCAGGUCGUCGGCAAGGCUGCCGGGGACGCCGGGGAGACGCCUACCUCGGCAUGGCAGCCCGUCACCCGCGUCCACGUCUAUGGCAAGCCCUGGGACAUGGCAGCGGAAGGAUACACCACAGAGUUCUUCUCCCAGACGGGAGGCGCAUGGCGCUUCCUGAAGCAGAAGUGCUCGAAGAGCGGCAUCAAAGCGGUGCCGUGGCUCUUCAUCUUCGUCCUGUUCUACCUCUUCUUCACCCCUGCCUGCGGUGUGAUGUACAACUGUGGCUGCCGGCUUUUCCCCGCCAAGUACGGCCAGGCGUCCUUGAAGGAGCUCUUUUCUGCAUCCAGGGGGGUCUUAUACAGUUUCUCGGGGUUUUUUGGGGUUUAG